AUGCUUCUGAAAUGGAUCCUGGUUUUCGCUCUUCUUAUCGCCUUCGUGUCCUCCAGAGACUUUUACUGUUGGAUCGGAAAGCCUUUUUGCCACAUGAGUUGUAUGUGGGAGGUUCGCUAGAUUUUGAUAGCUUUUCGAAAGUUUGAUCUAGAAUUGCUUGGAAGGAUCAUGUGACAAGGACAUUUGUGAAUGCUUGAAGUGCGACUACAAUGAAAUUAUCCAAAUCCCACCACGAGGCCUGAAAAUCAUGUGA